AUGAUGCUCAAAGCAGAAAAAGCGCCGGUUCGUGUCAAGUGGUUUGUCAUCAGUGUCGCCACGCUGGCAUUGCUCACCACCGGAUACUCCCUCUACAAACCGCUGCCGGAGGGAUUCACCGUCACCAAAUGGGAUCGCACCGUGAUGCACAUUGUCGAGCCAGCCCUUCGAGUCGCCUACUACUACCCGGUACGUUUGCAUUUCAGAUCAAUAUCUUGCAACGCUCUCAAUUCAGAGCCGAAUGUUCUCGAAGGCCAGUAGAAUGGUGCAAUGGACACGUGGUGCCCUCAACAUCCUGUCGAAGAGUCUGGGACUCCUUGUAAACACCCAUGGCCAAAUCGAUAUCAAGUGGCACAACUGGAGCGGUACUCCGGUUAAGGUCUACCGUCCAGUCGACAAUAAGACGUCCACCGAUGGAGCUGUCAUCUUCAUCCAUGGAGGAGGAUUCGCCCUCGGAAACGUUGAGAUGUACGACUCGUUGGUGAAGAGGAUGGCUUUCGAGAUGAAGACGCUUUUCAUCUCUAUCGAAUACCGCCUUUCGCCAGAAACCGUCUUCCCCGGAGGAAUCCUGGAUUGCGAAGCCGCCAUCGAGCAUUUCUUCCAGUACGGAAACACCCAAUUCGGGAUCGAUACGACAAAAACGGUGGUGAUGGGAGACUCUGCCGGAGGAAACCUCGCCACGGUCAUUGCCCAACGUCGUGCGGCCCGCAAUAUGGUUCCGAAGCUCGCAGGACAGGUUCUCAUCUACCCACUGCUCCAAAUGGCCGACAUGCAGACUAUCUCGUACCGCUACUUCCACUCGCGCCUCAAUGGAUACGCCCUCGUCGACCCGGAAUCUGUGGCCUACUACUACAUGUUCUACGCCGGAAUCAACAUGGACGAGAAGGCGUACUUGGUGCCGAGUGUGAUGUCAAACGGACACGUUGCUGAUUACUUGCAGCCGUUGGUGGACACGGUGAGGAUCUUUUCAGAAGCUUUCAGUUCUCUGAAAGAACAAUAUUUUGCAGAUGAUGUCGUACGAGCGCAUCGUCGAAUCGACCCGCACCUACAAGAAUCACUCGAUCCCGGAGAGAUGGACUGUUGAGCCGAGUCACGAGGCGCAGCGACUCAUGGAACCGUUCCUUACCAACCCGGACUUCUCACCACUCAUGAGGGACGAUCUGUCCAACCUUCCGCCGACCAUGGUGAUCACUUGCGAGUUCGACAUCCUCCGUGACGAAGGACUGAUUUACGCCCACAGAUUGGAGGUUAGUUGACUCGCUUUCUCAUUGCCGAUCGGUCUGUAACUGUAAAUUUGCUUGCAGGCUGCCGGAGUGCCAACCACAACUAUCAACUACGAGAAUGGGUUCCACGCAAUGCUCAACUUCCACAGCGAACUCUACGAGGCCUCAAAAUCGGUCAACGACAUUGAGAUGUGGACCCUUGACAUUAUCCGCGCCAAGAAUAAUUAG